AUGAGCCAGCUGUGCGGGUGCCUCGAGGUUAUUCUUGAUUUGACACAAAAGUAAAAGCGAAAGCUUUCUUGAUAUUAAUUAACUGUUGUCAUAUUUCAGAAAAAUGAAAAAAGUUUUUCUUACUGUGAGACCUAUAAUUUCUCCGCAAAUGCAAAUCCGUUCUUGCUGUAUUCAUGAGCAUUCUCAAGCAGAACAGCAGCUCAACAAGUUACUACGAUCCGGAAUCGAAGGCUGCUCACGUGUUGUAGUUCACGACGUGUCAAGUAAUUUAAGUUUUUCUUUCGAGCUUUAUAUAUUUUUUCAGACGGUUGUGGAUCCAUGUACGAGGUGUUUGUCGAAGCAACGAGUUUCAAAGGAUUGUCAAAAGUUGCGCAACACAAAAUGAUUACUUCCUUGUUACGCGAGGAGAUAAAAGACAUGCACGGAUUGACUAUUCGGACAAAGGCUGCCUAA